GGGUGAGACGGGCAACGCCCUGGGUGGCAGGUACUAGGUAUGUAAUUUUCCCUGCCUUUGCUCCUAGUUUUUGAUCAUAUUAAAAGCGUAGGGGCAUUAGCGUAGUUGUUAAGAAGAUUAAGAACUCCCCCCUACGCCGGUAGCUACGCGGAAAAUAUGCAGGCAGGUGCUUCACGGAACUCGCUCGCGAUACAAAAAAAAAGGGUAACCGAUUGCCUUUAGUUGAACGGCAAGAUGGUGGAGAUGUAGUACAAUUCGUGUCUAAAAGGAGUGCAGUUCUUCUUUUGUCUAAGAUCUGAGGCCAACUGGGGAGCAACUUUAUAUAUAAUUUUAUUGUCUAAGAUCUACGACCAGCUUUCAAUUGGAUCAGUUGAGAUCGGAGUGGUGGUGAUCUCAAAUUUGCAGCCACUUGCUCACUUCAAGUCUUUUCACCGCAGAUUGGGUUCACGUAAGCAAGCUUGUAAUCGCGCGUAUGAAAUUGGCACCCAUCCACCACAAUAAACGCUGACAACUUGAUCUAUGACGCAGGUGUGGGCUUUUCUUUUUUAGGUAUAGUGUUAAAGUUGUACGUUGUCCUUAAUUAUUUCCGGAUUCGUAGUCUCGCUCCUGAGAGACCUUCGGCAGAAUACUUCUUGGAAGAGGGGAACCCUCCGCACUAGUGCCGGCAGGUCCGGGCCAGGGGGCCGCCCUCCCCAGAUCGGGGGGGGUUUCUCCCUCUCUCUCUCUCUCACUUCUUGGAAGGGGGUCUCUGUUCUUUUUUCAAGGGUUACGAUAGACAGUGCGCAUUAGUUACAAGUGGUUCAUCGGUACUACAAAAGCAAGUCUUUUCUACUUCGAUGAGAAUAUAUAUGAAAUCUAAAUGGGAAUUCAAAAUGACGGUUGGUUGAUUUGCGGUUCUUCGUCCGCAAUCGUCUUGCCCGGUGUUGCGACGAAUGUUUCUGACCGCGACAACCCGGUGUGGAAAAUUAUCGUAAAAAAAUCAUUUAAGUCUCAGAAAAUAGCUUGAGAAUUUUACCCGGUUUGCUUUCCCGCGAUCAUUUCCUCCCAUCACGUAAUUUGAGCAAAUCUUUGAUGCGGCUUCGAUUGUCAUAGUCAAUCGUAAUAUGGUGUUAAAAAUGAAAUGCACUCCUCACAACUCGUGUAGCGUUUUCUACCAGCCCUAUCAGUAUUAAUAAAUGACCUUUUAUCAAGAAAGCCAUGGCACUCCUCUGACUGACUCACAGACGAGGAUUUUCACUAGUCCCUGUUAUCACUCUCCCUCGGACAUAAACUCGAGAUCAACACUGUAGGAAUGAGGAAGAUUUUGUCAUUGAUGAUGUAAAAGCACUAUUACCUCUAGGUACCUUUGGCAUUUUCUUUCCAAAACUUAUUUGGUGACUCGAAUAUUAGCUCGCUCGGAUGCUCAACCAGCGGGGCAGCAUAAGUUGGUUGGAUAUACUGAAUCACUGAACAAGUGAUACAGGUUCACCCUGUGGAAGGUGGAUAGACUCCUAUUCUAUCCUAUAUUUUUUACACGUUGUGCGAAAAAAAAGUAGCGAUUAUACUAAGAAUUGCGUCUUCGCGUUUAACCAACAAGUACCUUCACACGAAUAAAACUACAAGUGAUGCUGAACUACAGCAGCACCAUGGACGGCCUUGCGCCUCGCUCGACGAGGCAACAGACAGCGGAAGUAAGUGCGAGCAGCCAUCAAGUAGAAGCUAGUUCGGGUAAUGUCAGUCUUCACGAUUUUUACUCCGGAAGACGAGAAGAUCAACAAUUGGUGGUGGUCUUCUUCUUCAACAACUCUACAGCAUGAACAGAACAGUAGAUUACAGCAUUCAUGGCACAUCCAUGAGUUUCAGAACUUCUCAGGAUUAGCAACAGCACACUAGUGAAGAACAACAGGUUAUGAAGAUGAACUACGACAAGCAUAUGACCGACAUGUUGCACACCUACAUGGAUGAACUGGCUGUACGCCAUGAUCAACAAGUUGUACAGGAGGAACAGCUGCAGCAAGCUGAAAAACACGAUCAUGAAGAAUGCUGGGCUGAAGCUGUUGCAGCCGCCAACGCCGCAGCCGCAGAAGCAACCGCGCACGCAUACCACAUGCAGGCACAAUACAUAGAACUGCUGACUAGAAGAGCAGCGGUCUCCUCGCAACAAGCAGGGAUGCCAACAUCCUCAAACUCAAAGUUGUCAAGUAUUCAGUCAUCAAAAACAAGCACAACGUCGCAAGUUAUUUCUUCAUCCCACUUGUACGAUGUUGAGGACGAACAAGGGCAACAGAAGCAGAUGCUAUCUUUACACCAACCAGCACUCCCCGCAUCGAAAGAUCUUACCUCUUCGAACUGUGGGAACUUUAACUUAACCUUUCAUCGAGAUGUGCGACAUGAUGUUGAUCCAAGAACAGAAGUCAGAUCAGAAAUUAGAACGAAAGCAAAAACUGAAGUAGACUCGAACCAGACCGAUUAUCAAGCAGUCAACAUGGAGAAUUGUGGUGGUCGUGGUGAAGAACUGGCACCACAACACCAUGAAGAAGGGCUCUCUGAAUUCCUAUCGUAUCAUAGCAGCCCGAUUCUACACCAUACUGGUCAACUGGCACUUGUCGCCCAUGAUACCCUUUCAGCGACGCAUGAGCAGCAUGAUUACCAUGAGAUGAACCGUCGGCGCAACUACAUGUCUCACGACCAGCGCCAUCAUCUGUUUUUGUCGAUGAAAAACGAGAACCAGCAAAAGGAUCAACUUGAUGCACGGAUGAGUGGAGCAGGCCCAGUGCACAAAGGUCGUGGUGCCACGAGUAUUGUCCGGAGCCGCGACGAUCCAACUGGUGGAGGAGUUCAAGGACUAACUAAAGACGGUGCUUCACAUACUGGAGGAAAAGAAGUUAUAUUAUAACAUUGACAAAAGUAUUAAGGGUACUGUUGGAGGUUUUUCUAGUCCUGUCACUUAUAAUGAUGAGAAGGGUGCUCGUGGGGGCGCAACUACUAGCUGCCCUUUAAGGCCUCUUCUAAGGCAGGUGCGCCAGCAAAGAAUCAGCUGCUAAAAAAAUCAUUAUCGCACGCGACAAAGAACUCCAAAGGUGGAUCGUCCCACAAGGAGGAAAAAACCAAGGGCCCAGGUGGUGGCGGACAAAAGGAAGAGGAGAAAGAAUAUCCUCGAGCGGUGGCUGAGAGAAUAUUUGACUUACUCCAAAUUAUGUACCUUUAUAGUCGUCAUCUCAUUUGGGGCCUUACUUGCUAG